AUGGACACUGUUUCCAUUUCAGAUGCGUGUGAUACCAAUGGGUGGAGAUGAAAUUUUAAGUCAGGUUUACAAAUACAUGUUUGAGAAGGUUCGAGAUGCCGCUGAUGUACUUGAUGACAUAAUCACUUCACUUGCAGACCAAAUGAUUACCGAUCUUAAUACUGAAGAGUACUCCCAGCUCACAUCGCCCAGCAAUGAAGCUGUGUGCACGGUUGGCCGGAUAUGCUGUGAUAGUGUUGGCCGACUAAACUUUGCAUCAGUAUUGUUGGAGGGAUCUCGUGAAAUAGGUGGUGGCAGUGCAGUUCCUCUGGAUCUCUCACAUUUGUCUGAAUUUUCUCUCUUUCCUGGACAAAUAGUUGCUGUACGGGGUGUAAAUACUACAGGAAAUAAGCUGGUAGUACAAGAACUUUUGCCAGGAAAGGUACUUCCACUUCCUGAUUCGCCAGAUAUCAUCAAGAAUUCUACAGAUGCAGUACAAGUAGUAGUUGCCAGUGGCCCUUUCACAACUACUGAUAACUUGCUCUAUGAGCCUCUGACAGACCUCUUGUCAGUGUUGAAAGAAAAUCCUCCACACAUGCUUAUUCUUCUUGGACCUCUGUUGGAUGCUGCUCACCCACUGGUAGUUGAAAAUCAGUUACCAGAAACUCAUGAGGCUGUGGUGACACGCUGUCUUCGAAUUAUUACUUCAACUUUUCAAAACUCAAGUACUGAAGUUGUUCUAGUACCCUCUUCUAGAGAUGUGUGUUGUCCUACAGUAUAUCCAACACCACCUUAUGAUGUUGGGAAUAGCCUAACCUCUGUGAGCGACCCAGUCCUCUUAGACAUUAAUGGCACAGUUGUUGCACUGACUGCCACAGAUAUACUGUUUCAUCUUGGGAAGGAAGAAAUAUCUUUCCCGCCACAAGGAUCUGACCGUCUUGGGCGACUUGCAAGACACAUUUUAAGACAGCAGAGUAUGUAUCCUUUAUACCCUCCCCCUGAAGGGAUUUCUAUUGAUCAAGAACAAUCUGAUACAAAUGCAAGAUUACCCUGUACUCCACACCUGCUUAUUCUUCCAUCAGAUCUCCGUUACUUUGUUAGAGAGAUAGAAGGCUGUGUGGUGAUAAAUCCUGAAAGACUGGCGAAGGGAGUUGUUGGUGGCACUUAUGCACGAUUAGAAAUCCAUCCAGCAACCCAGGAAAAAUUUAAUAUUGCUGAACGGGUCGGUGUGCAUAUUAUUAAAGUUUAGGAUGAAGAGUUUGUCUGCUAUAAAAUUUAAUUAUUCAUUAUUAUCUUUGGUUUGAAAUAAUCGCAUUGUCAUGAAAGUAAUUUUUUUAUAGGUAGAGAUACAAGUAAAGUAAAUUAGAUAUUUAAAUCAACAUAUUCUUACAAUGUUCAUAGUUAAAUGCUUCUUAAAUGACAAGUGUUAUAUUGUUUAUACAGUAGUCAGCUAAUGUUGCUUAUUGCACAUUUUUAUCUUAACUUGCAACAAAAUUUCUCAGAAAAUAAGUAAUUUAGCUAUUUUGGUAUUUAAAGAUGAAUUGUAAUGCUGUCAAGAUAAGUUAGCAACCCCUAAUCUGUUUUGCCAGUGGUAAUGUGUUUGAUAACACUGAUAAAAGAAAUAAAGAUUUAUAAAUACCA